AUGGAUCUAAUGUUGAGUAAUUUUAUUGUCGAUGAUACACCGCAGGUUAUAUCCCGCCAAGUGCAGGGGAUCACAACAGGUGCCAAAAAAGAAGUUUCUAUAAAAUUCACUAAAACGCAACCUGCUAAAGUUGUUGUUGCUCGAAAACGAAGUAAUACUACAAAUGAAAUUCAAGGCGCGACUCGUUCAAAGCUUGAGAAAACACAACCACGAGACAAUCAUCAAUCAACAUGUCAGGCUUCAAACGACAAAACGGUCAAUGAUUCAGUAAACGAAAAAAAGAAGCAACAUUCAACAAAGAACGAGUCCAGUAACUAUGUGCCUAGAGAAGAUAAAAACGGGAUCCCAAAAAUCAUUCCAGCCAAGAUACAACUUCCGCAAAUACGUCCGGUACAAGAAAAGUUGUUCAGCCAACAGACAUUUGCGGAAUUAACUAUUCACCCACACUCUAAGAAAAAUAUCGCCGAUCUGUUAAAUUUUCAACUGCUUACCAUGGUUCAAUCGAAGGCUAUACCUGUAUUGCUUAAGGGAAGUGAUGCGCUUAUUCGCGCCCAGACUGGUUCUGGAAAGACUCUCGCUUAUGCUUUGCCGUUGGUUGAAAGUUUACACGAGGUGAGACCACAAAUUUAUCGCACCGACGGUAUAAAAGCUGUAAUAAUUGUACCAACGCGUGAGCUUGCUGUGCAAACGUAUGAGUUACUACAAAAACUAUUGAAACCGUUUACUUGGAUCGUUCCUGGUUACUUGACCGGAGGUGAGAAACGUAAAACGGAGAAGGCCAGACUUCGCGCUGGUUUAAAUAUACUCGUUGCUACACCUGGGCGCUUCUGCGAUCACAUUCGCAACACAGAAUCUGUUAAGCUCGGUUCUGUACGGUGGCUUGUGCUAGAUGAAGCUGAUCGAUUGCUUGAGUUAGGAUAUGAAAAAGAUGUAAAGGAAAUAAUCGACGCGAUCCAUAACGGUCAAGAUGGGAAUGAAAACGAACAAAAUAAGAUACAAACUGUACUGUUAUCUGCUACAUUAACCGCGUCGGUAAAGGAGCUAGCAGGUUUAACACUGAACGAUCCAGAGUUUAUCGAAACGUGUGAGGUUUUUCAGAACGAGGCUCUUUCCAGCACUAGUGCCUUCUCGAAAUGCACCGAUCAGCUUCUUAACGUUGAAGAAUGCGUUUCCAUCCCGGAUACAGUGAAGCAACAGUACUUAAUAACUCCACCGAAAUUGCGGCUCGCAACCUUAAGUGCAUUAAUUGUAACCGAGCAGCGUAAGAAACCUUCUAAACUUCUUAUUUUCAUGGCAACUCAAGAUCUGGUUGAUUUCCAUUACAAUGUAAUGAUCGAGGUACUCACUUUGCAAAAGUUUGGCACAAAUAAUGAAAAUGACAAUGAUGAUGAUGAACAAGAUACAUUCAUCACUGAUGAUAACAAAGAUGAUUUCGAUAAGAGUGUAUUGUUGCCUGGAUUGAAAUUUUACAAACUUCAUGGUCGUAUGACACAGAUUGAACGAAGUUCAGUUUUCCUAUCCUUCCGGAAAUCAACCGCAGCUGUUCUAAUUUGUACGGAUGUGGCAGCUCGUGGUAUCGACAUACCUUUAGUCGAUCUAGUUGUGCAGUAUCAUGCGCCACAGAUACUGGCUGACUAUGUACACCGUGUGGGACGGACAGCACGAGCAGGUGAAUCUGGUAGAGCUGUCCUCUUUAUCGAACCAUCUGAAAUGGAUUUCAUCAAGUACUUAGCAAAUAAACAAAUCAGAAUUCAGGAGAAGGAUGCUAAAGGUCAAUUACGACAUUUUGGUCAAUUGCUGAACAGAGAUAAAAAAUGCAAUUCUAAAUUAAAAGAACAGUGGGCAAUCGAACUCCAGCAUCGUUACGAGCAGUUAAUACAUAAAGAAGAUGAAUUGUUUGACUGUGCAAAAAAAGCAUUCCUUUCGUGGGUACGAUACUACUCAAACUUUCCUAAAGAGUUGAGAAACAUUUUUUAUAUAAAAGCUGUACAUAUUGGUCACUAUGCGAAGAGUUUGGGCCUACGUGACGCUCCAAAACAUUUGUUACAAUUCGAUAAUGGCGAUAAAAAAGAAGUUGGAGCUCGAAAAGUCGGAAUGCAGCGUCGCAACAAUCGUCUUAACACCUUAACUACGAACGGGUCAUUGGCAAGGAAAAAAGAUGAUUUACGGUCCUUGAAACAUGGGCGAAAGAAUUUAGCACCGUCGAAUUUCAAAACUAUGAUAGAUUUUUCGAAACGUUCGCGAGUUCUUAACACAUCUGAGUUUGAUAGUGGUAUUGGUCCUGCUCGUAAAAAAAUGAAAAAAGUAUAG